AUGGCUUCAGAGGUGUACUUUAGAUUCAAAGCUAGCAUCAAGCAGGAUACAAUUCAGUUUGACGGCUCUGCAAUUUCUGUUAAGGAUUUGAAAAAUGCUAUAAAAACAAAGUGCUGUUUACGUGCUUCGGAUUUUGAUUUGAAAUUGGAGGAUGGCUCCGGAAAGGAAUAUAUUAAAGAAAACGAAUUGAUUCCAAAAUAUACCAGUAUAAUCGUCAGACGUGUUCCCAAAGCUAACGGUGAAUCUCAGAGGAAAAAACCACUUCAAGUUACAGUUAGCCGAGAAAAGAAUUUUGGGAAUUCUUCUAUUACUCACUCAAACUCGGCAACAAAUUUGGCAGAAUCAAAUCUUUCUGAAGACGACAAGAUCAAAAUUAUGUUCGACAGAACAGCCGAAGGUCUUUCAUCAAAAUAUUAUACGGUAAAACCAAAAGCAUAUGGAGUUCCUCCACCGCAUUACGUUUGCCACAAGUGCAAUCAAGAAGGACAUUGGAUACACGAAUGCCCAGGAAUUAAGGAUUCCCGGGGUAACCUCUUGGAUUCAAAAACUGUCAAACGUCCAACUGGUAUUCCUCAGGAUUUCUUAGUAAGAGUUGAGCCUGGCACUCCUGGUGCAUAUUUAGACAAAAAUGGACGCUAUAUGGUGCCAAUUAAGGAUGCUGAGGCUUAUUUGCAAAGUAAAAAGGAAAAGCGUCCUUUCUCUAUCGAAGAAAAUCCUCCCUAUGUUCCUCCUGAAAAGCCCGUCCCUUCUGAGGGACUUUUGUGUCCUUUGUGCAAGAAUAUUUGCAAAGCCGCUGUGCUGGUGACUUGCUGUGGUACCUCAUUCUGCAGUGAGUGCAUAACCAAUUACUGCUUUGUUGAUGGUCAUCAGAAAUGCCCGAAAUGCGGUGAACCAAAGGAAAAACUGGAGUCUUCGAUAGUUGAAAAUACAUCCCUACGACGUGCUAUUGAAGAUUUCUUGCUUAUUGAUGCUAAACCAGAAAUUUCAAAUAUUCCAUCACCUCCAAAACCAACUGCUGAGGUCAAAGAGAGUGAGGUUAAACCUGAGAUUGUCCGCCGAGUGUUAAAACCAAAACAACAAAUCGCGGCAACCUCGAUCUCAAAUGCUGAAGAGAAUGUAGAAGAUAAAAAUGAAGAAAUUGUACAAGAAAAGCGGGAAGAAGGCGUGAAGGAGAACAAGGAAGAUGAUAAGCCCAAAGAAACUCCUUCCGAAUCUGGUUCUCCGAAACCCUCCCAACCAUCCACAUCACCUUCCGUUACAGUUAAAUCUGAUUCAUCUGUUAAUAAACCCUCUGACACCGUUGCUUCUGUUAUUUCUAAUACAAAUAGCUUAGCCAAUUUGCCUUGUGGAAAUAAUUCACUUGGUGCAGAGAGUGUUAUUACGAAUUUGUCAAACGUUGCCUCUGUUUAUAAUGGGGCUCCUUUAGUAUUUCCCAGUGAAAAUGCUGCCUCUGCUGUAUCUCUUGCUAGCUUGGCAGCAUUAUCUUCUGUAAGUCAGUCCCAGCCCCCCCUUAAUUCCGUUUUUCCCACGAAUCAACUUUUGCCCUGGGCUCCGAUAGAUCAGCUCUCUCUACUCGGGUGCAUUAACCCUAGUGGAUUCCCUAAUCCUUCACUUAAUCCACUAUUGGACGCUCGCGGAAAAGUUCUAUCAAAGGAGGAAUUCUAUGGGAUUCAGAGGAAGUAUGCGGAAGAGUCAGAACGAAGAAGACGGCGGUGUAGGGUGGCAUCGCCUCGUCAUAGACAUGAUGUUCCAGAUGAUUACUACGGCAGACAUCGAGAUGAUCGAAGAAUUCGUAGAAGAUCUUCCAUAGUAACAUCAAGGCGCCAUCGUUCACGCAGCGGUUCCGAUCGUCGUCAUAGAAACAGAGAAAGAAAACGUGAUGAUUAUGAGACAUGGCUUCGAAAAAAGCGAGAAGCCGCUGCGUUAAAAAAUCAUCACCGGCCUUCUCCAUAUAGGCCACGUAGGAAUGAUUCCCCAAUUUUACCUACUUCAGUUUCCGCUCCCAGACGUGGCUACUCUCGUGAGAUUUCACCUCCAGUGGAGCGUACUCGCAGAUCCGAGAAUAAUGUGGAUAAAUCGCGUUUAAGAAGUCCAUUCCGCGAUGGAUCACCAUCAAGACGUUCUCUGGAGGAUGUGUCUCCUGUCCAUGAUGAUAGUUCUCGUGCCGAAAAUCGCACCAAUGUUGAACCUGAUACUACUCCUAUUCGUUCUCCCCGUAAACGCUCAGCUUCACGCGAAGACUCUGUUUCACUAUGUGCCUCCAUCACUCAGUUAUCAAAUUCAGAUGUUGUGUUGGAUGAAAAGACCAUGAAAAAAAUCCGUAAAGAGCAGAAGAAGAAAGCCAGACGGGAACGAAAGCUGGCUCGGAAAGCUGCUCGAGCAGCUAAAAAAUCAACAUUACCAACGGGUGAAGGCGAUGAUCACAAUUCUCCGUUACCACUCAGUCCGUCAAGUUCGAAAUCGAAGCAUGAAAAAAAGAAAAGGAAACGAAGACACAGACACGAAUAUAGUGACUCAGAUGAUGGAGAAAGUGAGUCGAAGUCAAGUCGAAGGAAUCGAAGUAGGUCUAAACGAUCUGCUGGCUCAGAUGUGGACGAAGAGGACGCUUCAUAA